CUACAUCACCAACAACGUCACAUACUACGUCACCAACAACGUCACAUACUACGUCACCAACAACGUCACCAACUACGUCAUCAACAACGUCACCAACUACGUCACCACCUCCUUGUCUAGAAACUAACGGCAUGGCUGAUGAAUACAUUAUCGCUCCUUCAGCCAUUACAAUAAAAGCAUAUCCUGCCAAUAGCUCGCUGUCUGACAAACUGUCCACCGCAAAUGAAACAGAAUUAAAUAAAAUAAAGAACUCUCUACGAACAAGUUCUUCUGAGAAAUUUUCAAUGGGUGAUGCAGAAUAUGUUGUUAUAUCUAUAACAUUUGAUGACAAAACAACAGUUGGCAGACUCAUUAUUAAUACAAACGAGAAUUUUGGCACCUAUUCUGUGCAUUUUAACGAAAGUGGGAAAAUAACUACCGAAGAGACAAAGGAUGUGACGUCGAUAUCGACAUAUUAUAACGCCAAGGAAGUGACGUCAAUGGUUAUAAUGAUACAUAAAUCACCAUCGAUUGAAAUAUCACCAGAGAUACAAAUAGAUCUGAGGAUGUGUUAUGCUUGUAGAUCGGAGAUGAUAGACACAUCUAUUGUGGUCCAAGCUGGUAAUACGGUCGUGAACAAAUAUUUGUCAGAUCUUCACACCAUCGACGUUCCUUUCGGCGUUAAUGAGCUCAUAUUUAGGUUUGACGAAGAAGAGCGAGUGACGGCUGUAUCUUUUAAUGUUAACAAAGGACAAGUUCUGUCAUUGGACGUGCAAUACUUCCUAAAUGAAAACAUGAUAGGGCCUGAGAAAACAGAAACUUUCAGCGUAAAUCAAGGUGGAAUAGUUUUUAUUGAAAACGAACAUGGUAUUCCAGCAAGAGUUAUAAAAGUUACUUUAGUGGUCCUGACACAACCAGUGACGAUUACCGACUUGAACAUCGAGGUGUGCAACCCAGAAGUGACCACUACACCGUAUUCGUCAUCAACCGCGACAAUAACGCCAUCUACAACACCAUACACAACUUCGACAUCUUCGUCGACAACUCCUUACGUGGUGUGUGUUGACCCCGAUGACAUCACUGGAGACACCCUGAGCAAUUAUUCUGUGUCAGUGUCGGGUAUUGAUGACGAUGGCUCGAUAUUAAAAGCUAUAAGCUCAGACCCUGAGGCUAUCUACUACCUAUCAACAAGUUCAAUUAGGCCGGACUUUAUCAGCUACUUGUCGUUGAAGACUGCUUCGGUCAACAUGAUUAGGCUGACCACAAAAUACGUGAACAUCGUACAGUUCUUUUUCGAUGAUAAUUCAGUUCUUAAAACUAUUGACAACCCAAAUGAGGAGUCGACAACUGAGUAUCGUCCACAUAAGACAUUUAUGGGCACAACAUUUACCAUCUAUUUCAAGAAGCUCUCAGAUGCAUAUUCUGAAUAUGAUCGUCCCUACGUGAAAAACGUGUUGUUACAACUUUGUGUUGAAGAAGAGGUGAUCAAUACAACAACAACAUUUUCAACUACCACGACAACACCAUAUUCAACAUCAUCAACAACAGAAUAUACAUCAUCUACCACUGUCGCGUGUAAUUAUGAUGAAAAACUAUGUCCAGACAUGACAACAUGCUACAAGAAAUGUAAUGGUGUAUUUGAAUGCGAUCCUCCCAUCGAUGAUGACGAAUUGGAAUGCGAGACUACAACGACGCCAACGACGACUGCUCCAACAACAACAACAAUUUUCACAACAACAACAGGUACAACAACUGUUACACCUUGUCUACCUGGAAUGUAUACAUGUGAGGACGGAACUUGUAUACCACCUGAACAAAUAUGUAAUGGUCCAGAGAAUUGCGACUGCAUGUCAUGUGAAGAUGAAAUGGGAUGCACGAAUACUACAACUGCAUCAACUUCAACACCAACAAUAACUACGUCUACUUCUUCGUCCACAACUCCAAUUACAAGCUCGACACCAUCAUCAACUUACAGCUCUUCUUCCACAACAUCAGUCACUACAACAUACUCUACUCCCAGCUCCACAUUUACGACCUCAGUGUCAACUACACCAACAGAAACCACAACACCCUCGUCCACGACGACUUCCAAAUCUACAACUACAACAUCGACAACUCCAACUACAAGCUCGACACCAUACUAUCAUUCCAGUUCUACUUCAACAAGUGCAACAACCCCAACAACAGUUACAACACCAUCAACCACACAAAGUACCACCUCCACAACUACAGUAUCAAGUACCCCGACAGAAAGCACAACACCUUCAUCAACGUCAAGCACUACAUCAAAAACGACAUCAACGAGUCCAACAACAGUUACAACACCAUCAUCCACACAAAGUACCACCUCCACAAGCACAGUAUCAACUACCCCGACUGAAAGCACUACAACACCCUCAACAACGUCUCCAACAAGCUCGACACCAUACUAUCAUUCCAGUUCUACUUCAACAAGUGCAACAACCCCAACAACAGUUACUACACCAUCAUCAACUUCACAGACAACUACACAGUCUACCACACCAGAAACGACCACAAGUGAGUGCGUUGUAGAGGACGGAAUGGAGACUUCUUCAAAAAAGACCAGGAGUCAAGAUAUAAGUGUUACAGAUGUACAAGGACGUGACUUAACUUCUAAUGGAACAACGACAGAUAAUCUGCGUCCGGAUACUGAUGAAUAUUUUAAAGUUACACCUCCCAGCUCGGAACCAUACGUUUUUAUAAUUAAUAUAACAUUGGACGCCUCCAAGAUUACAGACGUAAAAUUAAUCACGGAUAAUCCUUCAGAAAACAUUCAUUACAGUGUGACUAUUGAUAUCCGCAAUAGCACAAAGCCAACUGAAACAAAUCUUUCAACGAGCUCUUCAUCUGUAUUUGUAAAAGAAGUUGGGCAAAUAACUAUAGAAGUGGUAAUAAAUGAGCCUAAGGCUUUCAAACUAAGCAUCCAUGGUUGUUUCAGAGUUCCAGGUUCAGGAACAACACCAACACCUCCUACAACUUCAGCUUCAACUGUUACAAUCACUAUACCCACAUUGCCAACGUUUAGUACAACGACGCCAGUAUCUACUUCAAGUAAAACUUCAACAACAACAAUUACUUCAACGACACCUUCAACAACAAAGUUUUCAACAUCUGAAACUACUAGUUGGACACCAUCGUCUACUUCAAGCUCAACAUCUACGACUACAGUGUCAACUACCCCGACUGAAAGCACAACACCUUCGUCAACGUCAAGCACUACAUCAAAAACGACAUCAACCACACCAACAACAGUUACAACACCAUCAACCACACAAAGUACCACCUCCACAACUACAGUAUCAACUACCCCGACAGAAAGCACAACACCUUCGUCAACGUCAAGCACUACAUCAAAAACGACAUCAACAAGUCCAACAACAGUUACAACACCAUCAACCACACAAAGUACCACCUCCACAACUACAGUAUCAACUACCCCGACUGAAAGCACAACACCUUCGUCAACGUCAAGCACUACAUCAACAACGACAUCAACCACACCAACAACAGUUACAACACCAUCAACCACACAAAGUACCACCUCCACAACGACAGUAUCAACUACCCCGACAGAAAGCACAACACCUUCGUCAACGUCAAGCACUACAUCAAAAACGACAUCAACAAGUCCAACAACAGUUACAACACCAUCAACCACACAAAGUACCACCUCCACAACGACAGUAUCAACUACCCCGACAGAGAGCACAACACCUUUAUCUUCUCGAAGUACAGCAUCAACCACAACAGUAUCAACAUCUCCAACUACAAGUCCGACACCAACAUCACCGUCCACUACUGUUCCUCCAUGUAAAGUUUACGAAGGAAUGUUUAAAGAGGCUUCAAAUGUUUCAAAGAUUCCAGAUAAAAACAUAAAUAUAACGAAUAGCAACGGAGACAGUCUUUUAGAUAAUGAUGAUCAAAAGACGUCUUUGAGGCCAGGUAGGGAUGGUAUGCUGACAAUUACCGCUGCAAGUCCUGUUGACAUAAAUGUUCGUGUAAAUGCAAGGGAACUUGUUAACAUCACCUUGGUUAAUGGUAAUGAUGAGAAAAGAUUUACGUAUGAAGUGACAUUGCAUUUUGAGAAUGAAACAUCAUCGAUAUUACCAAAUACGUAUCAGGACUCCAGUACUGCUGUUAUUAACGAGGCUAAUGUGACAUAUGUUACAAUUAGAAUAACCGACUAUGUAGCUCCAAUUACUAUAAAGGAACUCAGUAUAUUUGCAUGUUUUAAAGCCCCAGAGGAACCAACAGUACCACCGACAACAUCUACAACAAGUCAAACAACAACAACAUCGAAAUCAACAUAUACAACGCCAACAACAAGUACAACACCAAGUACUACAAGCCCAACAACGUCGACAACAUCUAGUACAACAAGCACAACACCAAUACUACAAGCCAACAACGUCGACAACAAUCUAGUACAACAAGCACAACACCAAUUACUACAAGCCCAACAACGUCAACCACAUCCUAGUACAACAAGCACAACACCAAGUACUACAAGCCCAACAACAUCAGUACAACAAGUAACAACAAGCACAACACAACUACAAGCCCAACAACGUCAACCACAUCUAGUACUAACAAGCCCAACAACGUCAACAACAUCUAGUACAACAAGCACAACACCAAGUACUACAAGCCCAACCACGUCAACCAACAUCAAGUACAACAAGCACAACACAACUACAACAAGUCAACACAUCGUCAACCACAUAAUAGUACAACAAGCACAACACCAAGUACAACAAGUACAACACCAAGUACUACAAGCCCAACCAACGUCAACACGUCAAGUACAACAAGCACGACACCAAGUACUAAGUACAAGCCCAACUUCACAUCAAGUACAACAAGUCCAACAAACGUCAACACAUCAAGUAACAACAUCAAGUACUACAAGCCCAACAACGUCAACUACAUCAAGUACAACAAGCCCAACAACGUCAACUACACCAAGUACUACAAACCCAACGACGUCAACCACAUCAAGGACAACAAGUACAACACCAAGUACUACAAGCCCAACAACGUCAACCACAUCAAGUACAACAAGCCCAACAACGUCAACCACAUCAAGUACAACAAGUCCAACAACGUCAACCACAUCAAGUACAACAAGCACAACACCAAUACAACAAGCACAACACCAAGUACUACAAGCCCAACAACGUCAACAACAUUCAAGUACAUACAAGCCUCAACAACCGGUCAACUCACAGUCAAGUACAUACAAGCCCCAACAACGUCAACCACAUCAAGUACAACAAGCACAAACACCAAGUACUACAAGCCCAACAAGCCGUCCAACUACAUCAAGGUUAACACCAAGUACUACAAGGCCCAAAACGUCAACGCACAUCACAACAAGUACAAAGCAUCAAGUACUAGCAAGCCCAACAACGUCAACACAUCAGGCUACAACAAGCCCAACAACGUCAACUACAUCAAGUACUACAAGCCCAACAACGUCAACCACAUCAGGCACAACAAGUCAAACAACGUCAACCACAUCUAGUACAACAAGCACAACACCAAGUACUACAAGCCCAACAACGUCAACCACACCAAGUACAACAAGCACAACAUCAAGUACUUCAAGCCCAACAACGUCAACAACAUCUAGUACAACAAGCACAACACCAAGUACUACAAGCCCAACAACGUCAACUACAUCUAGUACAACAAGUCCAACAACGUCAACCACAUCAAGUACAACAAGCACAACAUCAAGUACAACAAGUCCAACAACGUCAAUCUCAUCUAGUACAACAAGCACAACACCAAGUACUACAAGCCCCACAACGUCAACUACAUCAAGUACAACAACAAGUACUACAAGUCCAACAACGUCAAUCUCAUCUAGUACAACAAGCCCAACAACAAGUACAGUAAGUGAAACAACGUCAACCACAUCGUUCACAACACCAAGUUCUACCACACCUUCAAGUACGAUAAGCACAACAGUUACUCCAACGUACACACCAAGUACUACCGUAUGUAACGAGGAGGAUGGUAUGGAGAAACCUUAUUACAUACCAAGUAACAAUAUUGCUUUCCCAAAUCACGAAGAACUUGCAUCACUUGAAAAAGAGUCACUAAGACCGGGCACGUCUGGCAAUCUUACCGUCUCUAAUCCCGAUGAAAGUGGCUUUGUUUCUAACAUAAGUCUUCACGAAAAUGACAUCAUUAAUUCUGUGAAAUUACCACUUCAUGAGGGUGUCCAAAAAUUCCAAGUACAUUACAUGUCUAGAACUAAUCCAGGCACAUGGGAAUUGCUGCGUACUGAAGUUAACAAGGAUUAUUUCCUUCCUGAAGAGAUAGCUGUAUUCCGUCCAGAUCGUCAUGAUCUCACUAACUUAAAGAUAACAAUAUUCAUCAAACCGGGAUAUAGCAAAAUGGAAAUCAAAUUGUCAGUUUUCGGGUGCUAUGGAAAACGGUCAACAUUUACAACAGUUACAUCAACACCAAGUACUACAACGUCAACCACAUCUAGUACAACAAGCCCAACAACGUCAACAACAUCUAGUACAACAAGCACAACACAAAGUACUACAAGUCCAACAACAUCAACCACAUCAAGUACAGUAAGCACAACACCAAGUACUACAAGCCUAACGACGUCAACCACAUCUAGUACAACAAGCACAACACCAAGUACUACAAGCCCAACAACGUCAACCACAUCUAGUACAACAAGCACAACACCAAGUUCUACAAGCCCAACGACGUCAACCACAUCUAGUACAACAAGCACAACACCAAGUACCACAAGUCUAACAACGUCAACCACAUCUAGUACAACACUAACCCAACAACGUUCAACCACAUCAAGUACAACAAGCACAACACCAAGUACUACAAGUCCAACAACGUCAACCACAUCUGGUACAACACCAAGUACUACAAGCCCAACAACGUCAACCACAUCUAGUACAACAAGCACAACACCAAGUACCACAAGUCCAACAACGUCAACAACAUCUAGUACAACACCAAGUACUACAAGUCCAACAACGUCAACCACAUCUAGUACAACAAGCACCACACCAAGUUCUACAAGCCCAACAACGACAACCACAUCUAGUACAACAAGCACAACAACCAAGUUCUACAAGCCCAACAACGUCAACCACAUCUAUACAACAAGCACAACACCAAGUACUACAAGUCCCGACAACGUCAACCCACAUCUAGUACAACAAGCACAAACACCAAUACCUACAAGCCUAACGACGUCAACCACAUCAAGUACAACAAGUACAACACCAAGUACUACAAGUCCAACAACGUCAACCACAUCUAGUACAACAAGCACAACACCAAGUACUACAAGCCCAACAACGUCAACCACAUCUAGUACAACAAGCACAACACCAAGUACUACAAGCCCAACAACGUCAACCACAUCUAGUACAACAAGCACAACACCAAGUACUACAAGCCCAACAACGUCAACCACAUCUAGUACAACAAGCACAACACCAAGUACUACAAGUCCAACAACGUCAACCACAUCUAGUACAACAAGUACAACACCAAGUACUACAAGCUUAUCGACAUCAACAUCAACAAGUACAUCCACCUCACCAACAACUUCCUCAACACCGUCAACCACUUCUUACACCACUACUGUAAGCAGUACAACCGAAGGAUAUUGCGUUGAUGAAGGUAUGCUCAUGAACGAGCAAAAUGAAACAUAUAUACCUGAUAACUAUAUACAAGUCACUAACAGCUUAGGUGAGGAUUUAACAAAUGGCGGCAAACUUACUAAAAACUUGAGAAAUCAAGAUGAAAACUACUUGACAAUAGAUGCGCAGGCUCCGGUAAAUAUGUCAUUCACAAUGAACGCAACUACGCUUUCCCUGGUGAAACUUUUGACAGAAAGAAGCAAUAAAAAUAUAGCAUAUCAACUGAUUUUGGAUUAUGCCAAUACUGAAGAGCCAGAAGUUUAUACAGACGUGUUUUGGAAUGAAGAAGUAGUCGGAGUACACGAGAAGAAAGUGAAGAAAGUCAAGAUAAUAUUGACAGACUUUACACCACCUAUUCGUGUGGCUACUAGCUUUAUAGGAUGCUUCGAACCUCCAGAAGAACCAACACACCCGACUACAACCUCCACAACAACAUCGACAACUCCAACAACAACAUCGUCAAGUACAACAAGCACAACACCAAGUACCACGAGCCCAACAACUUCGACCAAAUCUAGUACAACAAGCACAACAACAAGUACCACGAGCCCAACAACUUCGACCACAUCUAGUUCAACAAGCACAACACCAAGUACUACAAGUCCAACAACUUCAACCACAUCUAGUACAACAAGCAGAUCAACAAGUACUACAAGUCCAACAACGUCAACCACAUCUAGUACAACAAGCACAACACCAAGUACUACAAGCCCAACAACGUCAACCACAUCUAGUACAACAAGCACAACACCAAGUACUACAAGUCCAACAACGUCAACCACAUCUAGUACAACAAGCACAACACCAAGUACUACAAGCCCAACAACAUCAACCACAUCUAGUACAACUAGCACAACACCAAGUACAACAAGCCCCACAUCGUCAACCACAUCUAGUACAACUAGCACAACACCAACUACUACAAGCCCAACAACGUCAACAACAUCUAGUACAACAAGCACAUCAACAAGUACUACAAGUCCGACAACGUCCACCACAUCUAGUACAACAAGCACAACACCAAGUACUACAAGCCCAACAACGUCAACCACAUCUGGUACAACAAGCACAACACCAAGUACAACAAGUCCAACAACGUCAACCACGUCUAGUACAACAAGCACAACAUCAAGUACAACAAGUACAACACCAAGCACAACAAGCCCAACAACGUACAGCACAUCUAGUACAACAAGCACAACACCAAGUACUACAAGCGCAACAACAACAACCAAAUCUAGUACAACAAGCACAUCAACAAGUACUACAAGUCCAACAACGUCAACCACAUCUAGUACAACAAGCACAACACCAAGUACUACAAGUCCAACAACGUCAACAACAUCAAGUACAACAAGUUCAACACCAAGUACUACAAGCCCAACAACGUCAACCACAUCUAGUACAACAAGCACAACACCAACUACUACAAGCCCAACAACGUCAACCAAAUCUAGUACAACAAGCACAUCAACAGGUACUACAAGCCCAACAACGUCAACCACAUCAAGUACAACACCAAGUACUACAAGUCCAACAACGUCAACCACAUCAAGUACAACAAGCACAACACCAAGUACUACAAGCCCAUCAACGUCGACAACAUCUAGUACAACAACACCAAGUACUACAAGCCCAACAACGUCAACCACAUCUAGUACAACAAGCACAACACCAAGUACUACAAGCCCAACAACGUCAACAACAUCUAGUACAACAAGCACAACACCAAGUACUACAAGCCCAACAACGUCAACUACAUCUAGUACAACAAGCACAACACUAAGUACUACAAGCCCAACAACGUCAACCACACCAAGUUCAACAAGUACAACACCAAGUACUACAAGUCCAACAAUGUCAACCACAUCUGGUACAACAAGUACAACAUCAAGUACUACAAGCCCAACAACGUCAACCACAUCUAGUACAACAAGCUCAACGCCAAGUACUACAAGCCCAACAUCGUCAACCACAUCUAGUACAACAAGCUCAACAGCAAGUACUACAAGCCCAACAACGUCAACCACAUCUAGUACAACAAGCUCAACGCCAAGUACUACAAGCCCAUCAUCGUCAACCACAUCUAGUACAACAAGCUCAACAGCAAGUACUACAAGUCCAACAACGUCAACCACAUCUAGUACAACAAGCUCAACGCCAAGUACUACAAGCCCAACAUCGUCAACCACAUCUAGUACAACAAGCUCAACGCCAAGUACUACAAGCCCAACAACGUCAACCACAUCUAGUACAACAAGCUCAACAGCAAUUACUACCCCGACAGAGAGCACAACACCUUCAUCUUCUCGAAGUACAACAUCAACAACAACAGUAUCAACAUCUCCAACUACGAGUCCGACACCAACAUCACCGUCCACUACUGUUUAUCCAUGUGAAGUUUACGAAGGAAUGUUUAAAGAGGUUUCAAAUGUUUCAAAGAUUCCAGAUAAAAACAUAAAUAUUACGAAUAGCAACGGAGACAAUCUUUUAGAUAAUGAUGAUCAAAAGACGUCUUUGAGGCCAGGUAGGGAUGGUAUGCUGACAAUUACCGCUGCAAGUCCUGUUGACAUAAAUGUUCGUGUAAAUGCAAGGGAACUUGUUAACAUCACCUUGGUUAAUGGUAAUGAUGAGAAAAGAUUUACGUAUGAAGUGACAUUGCAUUUUGAGAAUGAAACAUCAUUGAAAUUACCAAAUACGUAUCAGGACUCCAGUACUGCUGUUAUUAACGAGGGUGAUGUGACAUAUGUUACAAUUACAAUAACCGACUAUGUAGCUCCAAUUACUAUAAAGGAACUCAGUAUAUUUGCGUGUUUUAAAGGUGAACCUGGUACAACACCUACGCCAAAAACAACAACUCCGACAACAGUUAGUACAACAACACCAACGCUGCCGACAUUCACAACAACAACAGCAGAAACAACUUCAUUAUCAAGUACAACACUUAAUUUUUGUGUCGACGAAGGCAUGGGAACUGCACAUAAUGAGACUUAUAUCCCUGACUACAACAUAGCGGUCACCAAUGUGAACGGUCAGGAUUUAACAAAUAAUGGGACAGAAAAACGGAAAUUAAGGCCUUAUAAAAAUGAAAGCACCUUCUUUCCUAUAAAUGUUCCAGCCCCCGUUAUUGUCUCACUAGAUAUGAAAGCUUCGGUACUGAGUACAUUAGAACUGUUCACACAGGAGACAAGUAACAACAUAGAAUAUGAAAUCAUCAUUUCAUUCGAAAAUGGAACCGAGUCCUAUAAGUUAAACGAUACGUACCUGGGCAAUACUAAAGUAAAGAUAGAUGCGGACAACGUGAUAAAUGUCAAAUUAAACCUUAGUGUCUUCACACCACCCUUUGGUUUCUACAUAAGCGUCCGUGGCUGCUUUAACACCCCAGAGGAACCAACAGUACCACCGUCAACAUCUACAACAAGUCAAACAACAACAACAUCAAAAUCAACACAUACAACGCCAACAACAAGUACAACACCAAGUACUACAAGCCCAACAACGUCGACAACAUCUAGUACAACAAGCACAACACCAAGUACUACAAGCCCAACAACGUCAACCACAUCUAGUACAACAAGCACAACACCAAGUACUACAAGCCCAACAACGUCAACCACAUCUAGUACAACAAGCACAACACCAAGUACUACAAGCCCAACAACGUCAACCACAUCAAGUACUACAAGCCCAACAACGUCGACAACAUCUAGUACAACAAGCACAACACCAAGUACUACAAGCCCAACAACGUCAACCACAUCUAGUACAACAAGCACAACACCAAGUACUACAAGCCCAACAACGUCAACCACAUCUAGUACAACAAGCACAACAUCAAGUACUACAAGCCCAACCACGUCAACCACAUCUAGUACAACAAGCACAACACCAACUACCACAAGCCCAACAACGUCAACCACAUCUGGUACAACAAGCACCACACCAAGUACAACAAGCACAACAACGUCAACCACAUCUAGUACAACAAGCACAACACCAAGUACUACAAGCCCAACAACAUCUAGUACAACAAGCACAACACCAAGUACUACAAGCCCAACAACGUCAACCACAUCUAGUACAACAAGCACAACACCAAGUACUACAAGCCCAACAACUUCAACCACAUCAAGUACAACAAGCACAACACCAAGUACUACAAGCCCAACAACUUCAACUACAUCAAGUACUACAAGCCCAACAACGUCCACCAGAUCAAGUACAACACCAAGUACUACAAGCCCAACAACUUCAACCACAUCAAGUACAACAAGCACAACACCAAGUACUACAAGCCCAACAACGUCAACCACAUCUAGUACAACAAGUACAACACCAAGUACUACAAGCCCAACAACUUCAACUACAUCAAGUACUACAAGCCCAACAACGUCCACCAGAUCAAGUACAACAAGCACAACACCAAGUACUACAAGCCCAACAACUUCAACACAUCAAGUACAAACAAGCACAACACCAAGUACUACAAGCCCAACAACGUCAACCACAUCUAGUACAACAAGUACAACACUAAGUACUACAACCAACAACUUCAACACAUCAAGUACUACAAGCCCAACAACGUCCACACAUCGUACAGUAAGCACAACACCAAGUACUACAAGUCCAACAACGUCAACCACUUCUGGUACAACAAGCACAACACCAAGUACUACAAGUCCAACAACGUCAACCACAUCUGGUACAACAAGCACAACACCAAGUACAACAAGCCCAACAACGUCAACCACAUCUAGUACAACAAGCACAACACCAAGUACUACAAGUCCAACAACGUCAACCACUUCUGGUACAACAAGCACAACACCAAGUACAACAAGCCCAACAACGUCAACAACAUCUAGUACAACAAGCACAACACCAAGUACUACAAGCCCAACAACGUCAACCACAUCUAGUACAACAAGUACAACACCAAGUACUACAAGCCCAACAACGUCAACAACAUCAAGUACAACAAGUGCAACACCAAGUACUACAAGUCCAACAACGUCACCCACAUCAAGUACAACAAGCACAACACCAAGUACCACAAGUCCAACAACGUCAACCACAUCUAGUACAACAAGCGCAACACCAACUACUACAAGUCCAACAACGUCAACCACAUCUAGUACAACAAGCACGACACCAAGUACAACAAGCCCAACAACGUCAACAACAUCGAGUACAACAAGCACGACACCAAGUACUACAAGUCCAACAACGUCAACCACAUCUAGUACAACAAGCACAACACCAAGUACGACAAGCCCAACAACGUCAACCACAUCGGGUACAACAAGCACAACACCAAGUACUACAAGUCCAACAACGUCAACCACAUCUAGUACAACAAGCUCAACGCCAAGUACUACAAGCCCAACAACGUCAACCACAUCUAGUACAACAAGCACAACACCAAGUACUACAAGUACAACAACGUCAACCACAUCAAGUACAACAAGCACGACAAAGUACUACAAGUCCAACAACGGCAACUACAACACAUCAAGUACAACAAGCACAACACCAAGUACUACAAGUCCAACAACGGGAACUACAUCUAGUACAACACCAAGUACUACAAGCCCAACAACGUCAACCACAUCUAGUACAACAAGCACAACACCAAGUACGACAAGUCCAACAUCGUCAACCACAUCGAGUACAACAAGCACAACACCAAGUACUACGAGCCCAACAACGUCAACCACAUCUGUACACAAGCCACAACACCAAGUACUACAAGCCCAACAACGUCAACCACAUCUAGUACAACAAGCACAACACCAAGUUCUACAAGCCCAACAACGACAAACCACAUCUAGUACAACAAGCACAACACCAAGUACGACAAGUCCAACAACGUCAACCACAUCUAGUACAACAAGCCCAACAACAAGUACUACAAGCCCAACAACGUCAACCACAUCUAGUACAACAAGCUCAACGCCAAGUACUACAAGUCCAACAACAUCUAGUACAACAAGCACAACAACAAGUACUACAAGCCCAACCACGUCAACCACAUCUAGUACAACUAGCUCAACACCAAGUACUACAAGUCCAACAACGUCAACCACAUCUGGUACAACAAGGACAACGCCAAGUACUACAAGCCCAACAACGUCAACCACAUCAAGUACAACAAGCACAACACCAAGUACUACAAGUCCAACAACUUCAUUCACUACAACUACUAUAAGCUCUACGUCAGGCAGUACCACAGUUACAAUAACUUCGUCACCUACGACGUUAUCAACCACGAUACCGACAUCUUCUAUAUCGACAACCACAGGUUAUUGCAGAUUCAAUUUUUCAGAAAAUGUUGUAGCCUAUGUUGAGAGAGAUGGAGAACCAGGUUACACCAGUGACGAAGAAACAGUGAAUUACCUUGAUAUCAUCACACAUGGUGUUGAAGUCAGAAUGGACUGUAGAAUAUGCACAUGUAUGGAUGACAACAGUUUUAGCUGCCAAAAUGAAACUCACUGUGAAUGCGUGUAUUCACCAUGGGGCGCGUGGACACCUUGUUCAGUGUCAUGUGGUAAUGGAUGGACAAGCAGGUCACGUUACUUGGUAUUUGGAGAUUCUAUCAUAUGUAACAAAUCACUAGAGGAAAAUGAUAGAUGCGACAGCGGGGAUUGUUACUCCACAACUACACCCACCUGUAACACUUGGUCAGAAUGGACUCCGUGUGAUUGCUCGGGCACACAGACAAGAAGUCGAUCGCGUUCGGGCUCCUGCGAAGAGAAAUCUGAAUCUGAACCUUGCUCCGAAUUAUGUUCAACAACAACUCCAACCACAUGUCCACCUGGUCAACAUAUUGAAACUUGCUUCGACCCUUGUGACUCUUUGUGCCAGGAAUACAGAAACCCAGGUGUAUGUGAUCGAUUAGAAGGUUGCACAUACGGUUGUAAAUGUCCGAUUGGAAUGCGUUACUAUAACCACCAAUGUAUCAAUGAAACGGAGUGUCCAUGUUAUGAUGACGAGGGCAAUGCUGUACCAAAAGGGCAUUCAUUCCCAAGCACUGGCGACUGCAUGGAAUGUGUAUGUAACGAAAACAAUCAAAAAAGUUGUACGCCGAGUGAAAACUGCUGUAUAUGGAGUUCUUGGUCUACAUGGAGCUCAUGUUCUAAGACUUGCGGUGGUGGCGAACGCUACAGGGACAGGGAAUCAAGUGGUAAUGGAUGUGAUGAACACGACGAGUCAAGUCAGACAGAACCGUGUAAUGAGGACCCGUGCAAACCAUGUGUAAUUGAUGGAGAAGAAUACGAACAAGGAGAAGUUAUCACAAAUUGCACGUGUGAAGUCUGUUAUUGUGGAAGUGAUGGCAACCUAGACUGCAAACCCAAAGAAGAUAAUAACAUUGAUGGCGGUGUAUCUUCUUGGUCUGAAUGGACAACCUGUACCAAGAACUGUGAAGGAGGUAUGAGGUUCAGGUCUCGGCUUUGCAACAGCCCUCCACCAAGAUGUGAUGGUACAAUGUGUGCCGAAGAUCUAUUCGAGCAGGAGGACUGUAACGCUGACGUGUCUUGUUGUGAUGCGACGGACUGGGCACCAUGGGGCGAAUGUUCAACAUCAUGCGGUGAAGGAAGUAAGACUAGAAGUCGAACCUAUGAAAACCCGUCAGACAACACCGUGUGUGACCGAUCUCUGACAGAAACCAUCCCUUGCUACAACAAUUUACCAUGUGACAAAUCUUGCAAUGUGUCAGACUGGAGCACAUUUACACCAUGUAAUGCUAACUGUGGAGAAGGAACACAGCACCGUUCACGUAUAAACCAUGACAAGCACAGAGCAGAAUGCAAUGACAUCGAAGAGUUCGAGGAAGUAGUUUGCACAUUGCCUGAUUGCACAUGCCAAUAUCCUAUGAUAUGGGCCAAUAACAGUCUGUGUCAUAAACAAACAUGUGACGAUAUGCUCAUAGACCCAAGCUGUUCGGAGGAGAGAAUGCCUGACUGUGUCUGCCCAGAGGGAUUCUACAUGAAGAACGGCAAAUGCGUCGAUCUCGAUACAUGUUACGAAUGUGUAAUUGAAGGCGAGGUCAAGAAGAAUGGCGAACUCUGGACACCUGAUGGAACAUGUGACAUAUGCCAAUGUGUCGACGGUAAAGCCUCUUGCAGACCUAAUAUGGAAAUCCCAGAAUGCGCACCUGAUGAGGAGGUAACGUAUGAAGAUGGACCUUGCUGCCCGAAAUGUACGAUAAAGAAGCCCACAUGCCAGCUACAUAACAAGACUGAGACGCUGAACUAUGGCGGUAACUGUGUCACAGAAAUGGAGAUUACAUACCAAUAUUGUGGAGGAUCUUGUGGCGAAAGUACCGCUGUUCCAACAUUGAUGACGUCAGCUUCAGAUAAUGAUGGAAUAGUGGGCAAUUGUAAAUGUUGUCAAGGUAUACCGGCUGGAACACGGGACGUAACUUUGAAAUGUGAUAAUAACGGUUUGAAAGAAGACAUGGUGUUAUACCUUCCAUUACUAUCCGGUUGCCAAUGUAACACGUGCAGUCCCUAAAGAUCAACCUUUAAUGACAUUUAUCAAACACGAUUUUGCCAACUACAUGGACAAUGAAUUUGAUUUGUAGAUAGUAGCUUUAGAUGGGGAGUCUACCCACUAUAUUAUCCUUCUGUCUGUUUUCUUAACACUUGUAAUAAAGAAAGUAACUGUGAUAAUAAAGCGCUUUGCAACGCCUUGGAAAAUGGACACUCUUCGGAACUGACUUGCAUACCAUUUUGUGAUUCAAUUUCAUCUGCGAUGACGACCAUAGCGUGUUUUAAUUUUUGAUUGUUCUAAUGUUUUGUUUUUCAAUUGAUUUAAAAAGUGCACUUUGUUCUUUGUUAUGGCAUGGUUUUGCAAUGAAGCAGCUAACUUUUCUUGUUUGUUAACUUUGUGUUAUUGUUAUAGUGAAAUUUAUAAGACCGUGAUAUUGAUUUAUAACUAGAUUUCAAAAUUAUUUACUGUUUUCUGUUUACUGGUGUUUCUUUUCUUGUUAUUUGUUGCCUGUUAUGAUUAUUAUUAUAUGUAAUGUUAAAUUUGUUGACGCCGACCGGAUCUGUUAAAAGGAUAUCGACAUUAAUCAUGUAUAUAUUAUUAUAUUACGUAGAAUUAGAUGCAUCCCAGAAAAAAAUAAAAGUAAAAAAGAGGAGAAUUGCGAGGUUGGAGAUGAUGAUAAAUAAAAACUUAAACAAUAAAA